UAGUUCUAGAUCAUACAUUUCUACGUGAACGUUCUGCAACGCUGUGCCCUGCUGAACGGGGCUCGGGAUUAGGCAACGUUUGCAACCUAUCCUUCCAGACAGAAACACUGCGCCUUAAUCCCCAUCCAACCUGACAGAGCUUGAGAGGAUCUGCAGAGAAGAAUGGGGAAGAACUCCCCAAAUACAGGUGUGCCGAGCUUGUAGCGGCAUACUGUACCCAAGAAGACGCAAGGCUGAAACCGCUGCCAAAAGGGCUUCAACAAAGUACUGAGUAACGCCAACGGCAAGGUGUAACUGGAGCGGCUGUUGAGUUGAAUGGAGUUCAACCGACCCAAAGCUCCAGGGGGAGGGCCUGGAGAUGGAGAGGGAGGACAAGUUGUCCUGAGCACGCUGGAUGAACUCCAGCCUGGAAGGAGUGAACAGAAGCUUGAAGAGCAUGGAGGGCUGUCUUCAACCGACACCACUAACGCAGCCAAGACGGACCCCAGAGCUCCUGCAGGACGAUGUGGAAAGGUUGACUUGUACUCAUUCCACAGCUCCCCAUCUUCAGACAGCGAGGAGGAGGACAAAGGCAAGAAGGAAAAGAAAAAGAAGAAGCUGAAGAAGAGGAAGAAGAAGGAUUCCAGUUCAUCUUCUUCCUCCUCCUCCUCCUCCUCCUCUGACAGCAGCUCUUCAGACAGUGAAGAUGAGAAUAAGAAGAAGAGGAAGAAGAAGAAGGCAAAGAAAGAAUGUUCUGGGGAUACUAUAGUACAUGAUGCAGCCUCCAUAUCUGAGACUGGGCUUGAAGGCGCCACUAAUCUAAACGACGAGGAAACAAAGAAGAAAGAGGAUAACUCAGGCUCGGACAGUGAAGAGGACAAGAAGAAGAAGAAGAAAAAGAAGAAGAAGAAGAAGGAUUCCAGCUCCUCUUCUUCAUCUUCCAGCUCGUCCUCCUCCUCAGACAGUGAGGAGGAGGAGAAGAAAAAGAAGAAGAAAAAAAAGAAGAAGAAGAAGAAGAAAAAGGAUUCCAGCUCCUCAUCUUCAUCCUCUGAUAGCUCUUCAUCCUCCUCAUCCUCGGACAGCGACAAGAAGAAGAAGAAGAAGAAGAAAAAGAAGAAGAAAAAGAAAAAGGAUUCUAGACGUUCUUCUGACAGCGAGGCAGACAAAAAAAAGGGAGAAGAGGCAGACGGACAGGGCAAGGAUGAGUACAGCUGUGCUGCAGGCGUUUCAACAGCUGGUGCGGAGGGUGCUGGACUGGAGGGUACCCUGGGACAGAAAUUGGGCAAAGGGGAAAAAAAGAAAGACGAGAAGAAGAAGAAAGACAAGAGAACGGACAAGGGCUCUGCGUCUGAGAGUGAUGACGAUGACAAGUGCAAGAAAGACAAAGCAAAGGAGGGUGGAGCAUCAGCUGAAUGGAUUUGUGGCAGAGAUUUUCCUGAAGGAAUGGAAGCUGGAAACCUGAGUGAUGAUGAGAGAGAAGGAGGCAAGGAGAAAGAGAAGAAGAAGAAGUUGAAGAAGAAGAAGAAGGACUCUGGCUGUUCAUCAUCCUCUUCAUCCUCGGAAAGCUCUUCCUCUUCAGACAGCGAGGAUGACAAAAAUAAGAAGACGAAGAAGAAGAAGAAGAAGAAGAAGAAAGCUGAGGUUUCCAGUUCUUCAUCCUCCUCUUCCUCUUCAUCCUCUUCUGAUAGCGAGGAGGAAAAUAAGAAGAAGAAGAAGAAGAAGAAAAAGAAGGAUUCUAGUUCUUCAUCCUCUGACAGCUCCUCCUCCUCUGACAGCGAUGAUGACAAAAAGAUAAAGAAGAAGAAAAUGAAGAAGAAGAAGAAAAAGGAUUCCAGCUCUGAUGAUUCAGAUAGCGAGAAAGACAGGAAGAAGAAGAAGACAAAGAAGAAGACGAAGGGUUCCUGCUCAUCAGACAGCGAAGGCGAUAAGAAGAAAAAGAAGAAGAAGAAGAAGGAUAAGAAGGAUGAUUCUGACAGCGAGGAAGACAAGAAGAAAAAGAAGAAGAAGAAAAAGAAGAAGGAUAAGGACUCUGACUGCGAGCAAGACAAGAAAAAGAAGAAGAAGGACAAGAAGAAAAAGAAGAAGAAGGAUAAGGACUCUGACAGCGAGGAAGACAAGAAAAAGAAGAAGAAAAAGAAGGAUUCUGAUUCUGACAGCGAGGAAGAUAAGAAGAAGAAGGAUAAGAAGAAAGACAAGAAGAAGGAUAAGAAGAAAGACAAGAAGAAGGAUAAGAAGAAGAAAGACAAGAAGAAGAAAAAGGAUGACUCCUCAUCUGGAAGUGAUGAUGAUAAGAAAAAGAAGAAGAAGAAAAAGAAGAAGAAGAAGAAGGAGGAGAAGAAGAAGAAAGAAAAGGGUUCCUCUUCUGGAAGUAAUGAUGAUGAGAAGAAAAAGAAGAAAGACAAGAAGGACUCCUGUUCCAAUGUUGAGGGAGAAUCUAAGAAAAAAACAAAGAAAGAUGACAACAAGAAAGAGGAUGGACCUGAGAAUGAAAAGUGUGGAGAGAUGAAAAAGGAGGGGAAAUAUGUAGGUGGCUUGGUGAUGGGAGGAGGGUGCAUGGAUAGCAAACCAUCUGACAAGGGAUCAGCUAUUCGCCCGAAACCCACCCUGAAGUUGGAGUCUUGGGGGCCGCCGGCAGACGCCAGACCCAACACUCGCUAUGAGUCCCUUUAUAGCGCCUCGCACUCUCUCAGUCCCAGGGAGAGCAGCCCCUCCCGCCCACCACUCAGUCCCUUGGAGGCCCUGAUGCGGAACCCAACCUGGACCAGCGACCGUGACCCAAUGACCGGGAGAGGACCAGCCAGCAGCAGAACCACACUGCUCAAAUCCAGUGAUCUGCUCAGGGGUCCUAAACCUUAUCAGCCUUAAUUAACAUGGAGAUUGGAAAAGAUAGGCCAAGAUCAUUCAUGCUCAUUACAAUCAGGCUGAAACAUGAUCAACAAGGAAUUCUGUCAGAAAUAAAUAAAUCAUUUCAAUAGGUACAUUUUUGUGAAUCUCUUUUCCAACUGAAGCUGGUCAACUUUUGCAAAUAAUACACUUUUAUCUCUUUGGGAACCUCACACUUGAGUGACAUGCAAUUUGUUUAUCUAAAGUAAAGUGGGAAGUUUGAACAUAA